ACUCCUUCGAAGCAUUUCAUCCCAACCCUACGUACGAUCCCAUCGACAGCCCAAAGCCUUUUCCUGCAACAACCAACGGAUUGAAGUCUCGUCGAUUUCUACUAUAAAUUUACUCCCAAUCCUCCCGCCUCCCCUAACUCGUAAGAGAAUCAGAAGUUUCACUUUCACUGGUUUCAGUCGGUAAUCGAGAAUGUCGGGAAGAGGAAAGGGAGGCAAGGGGUUGGGGAAGGGAGGAGCAAAGCGGCACCGCAAGGUUCUCCGGGACAACAUCCAGGGGAUCACGAAGCCGGCGAUAAGGAGGCUGGCUCGCAGGGGAGGAGUGAAGCGGAUCAGCGGCCUCAUCUACGAGGAGACGCGUGGCGUGCUAAAGAUCUUCUUGGAGAACGUCAUCCGCGACGCCGUCACCUACACCGAGCACGCUCGCCGGAAGACGGUCACCGCCAUGGACGUCGUCUAUGCCCUCAAGCGCCAAGGCAGGACCCUCUAUGGUUUCGGCGGCUAGGGUUUCGAUUAAAAGCGUUGAGGGGGUCAGUGUAUUUGGGACCGUGUCUUUGCUUUUUAGGGUGUCGUGUGUUAGGAUCAUGGUUUUUAUGUUGGUGUAAUUAUAUUAGUCUCUAGAUUGCAGGGGUUUUUUGUUUGCCCGCAAAUGGUAUGUAUUGUCGUCGAUGAAAUUUUCUCUCAAUUUCUUGAA